CUGAUAACAGCUGGCGAAAAAUAAAUUGCCAAGUGAAGAGAUCCAAUCUAAUUACUUUUCUUAAAGCGGAACAGGAAGUAGACAAAAUGUGUAAAUACUCUGAAACAGAAACAGACGCUGAUGAGCAAGAUUUAAAUUAUGUGACAGACAAUAGAGAUAUAACGUUCGAGGAAAUUGUUCGAGAUUGCAUUGAGCGCGAUAGUAUUUCUCCAGGAGCAUUGACUAACAUAGUCGAAGCAUCAUCAUCAGAGAGGCAAGAAAAUGAUGUACUAUGUCAAAUUGAUGAAACAAGCCCUUUAGAAAACGCACCAAUAGAAAUUCAUACUGAUUCCAACGUUCAACAAAAUGUGUCUCAGCCUGACAAAGCAAGAAACUUAGGAAACUCACUAAUAUUAAUUCAACCUCAAGCUACCAAUACUGAUUCCAAUGCUCAGCAGAAUACGACUACCGAAGUACAAAUUGAUAACGCCUCUUUAACUUUGAUGGUUCUGGGAAAGAUAGAAACUUUGCAAGAAAAUUACAAAACUCUCAACGAGAAAGUAACAGAAAAUAUCAAAGCCCAACAAGAUGACAGAAAAUUUAUAAGUGAAAGCAUACAGUCCAUUAUGGCCGCUAUAUCCAAUAUUAGCGUUCAGUUUGAACAUGUAAUGAAACAGUUUAGCAGUGCAGAAAAUAAAAAGCAAAAAGUAACCAUACAGAAUAUUGCAAGUGAAAACGAUCUUAACAAUUUUGAAAAAGAGUUGGAAAAUCCGGAUACAGAAGUAGAAUGGAAGAAAAAGUUUUUGAUUAUUUGCGGGAAAGGAAAAGGUCGGGGGAUAAAUAACGCAUAUCCCCUCGUCAGUGACUAGGCCCGAUUUUAACAUUUUGCCCACCGCCAGCUUCUGUGGUGAAGCCCGAUGUUAACUUCGUUGGCGACGUUACGAAUUUAUGUAAUAAAGCAGACAAACGUGCAUCUAACUCUUUUACACUCAUUGACGUGUAUUGCCAGUGAAAUAGGACAGACAGUAAGCUUGACCUUGACC